CCGUCCACUGAGUUGGUCCAGCUAGACCUACUCAGGUUGCAACCAUGGGGCCGGGACUCUCUGCAAGAUUAACUUGGAUCUGCGUGCUGCUGAUUAGCGGCGCUGCUAGCCUGCCGGUCCAACAUGGCAACAGGUCUACGAACCAGGACACCACGGACUCGCUUGCCGGGGCCGUCUCUCCAAAGGAUCUGCCUCAAAGCUCCAACUUCCCCGCGGAAGCGGAUGAACCGGCGAACCCCACAGCCGACACAAAGGGAGCUUCGAGUAUUGUUUCACGUGAGCCCAAGGCUGUGACCUACGACCACAAUGCCAACAAGAUAUCAAGUGGUCCCGUGCCUCAAGCUGACGUUCCCAUUACCAGUGACAAAUUCAGACCCCAAGCCGCUGAAUCAGGUGCGAGUUCUGCUUGGAGAGCGUACAAUCCUCCCAGCUACACCCCCUCAGCUGCUGCUGGUCUACAAGACGGUCCCGUCGAUGCCAAGCAACAGCCAGAAUCUAAUUUAGAUGUUGACAAUGACUCCGCAUGGUCAGGCGUUGAUCCACGUUCCAGCUACCGGUCUUCAACUGCUGGCAGCGUAAAAGGGAGUUGGAAGCAGGAGGAAGCGUCUAGUCCAGGUGCUCACGUGCACCCAGGAUGGCCGAGCUAUGACUUAGCCUCAAGCUACGAAUCUUCAAGUGGUCAACAAGCCGGUCCUAAUUCUGGGAUACAGCAACAAUUCCAUCCAGGUGUUCACGAGCACUCAGGAUUGUCAGGUGAAGACUCUGCUUCCAGUUCCAAAACUUCAACUGGUUACCAAGCCAAUAAAAAUAUUCUCAAGCACCCAGGGUGGUCAGGCUAUGACUCGAGCUCCAAAUCUUCUGGCCAACAAACAUCCAAUCCAGCUGCUCAUGUGCACCCUGAAUGGUCAAGCUAUGGCUCUGAAUCUUCAACUGGAGGUCUAAAACAACCAUCCAAUCAACAUGCUCAUGUGAACCCUGUAUUGUCAAGCUAUGGUUCCUCUUCAAGCUCCAAAUCAUCUGGCCAACAAACAUCCAAUCCAGCUGCUCAUGUGCACCCUGAAUGGUCAAGCCAUGGCUCUGAAUCUUCAACUGGAGGGCUGAAACAACCAACCAAUGUUCAUGUGCACCCAGGAUGGUCAGACUACAGUUCUUUUUCUGGCCAACAAACUUCUAAUCCAGCUGCUCAUGUGCACCCUGAAUGGUCGAGCACCGGCUCUUCAACUGGAGGUCUGAAACAAACACCCCAUCAUGUGCACCCUGAAUGGUCAGGCUAUGGUUCCUCUUCCAGCUCCAAAUCUGGCCAACAAACAUCCAAUCCAGUGGUUCACAUGCACCCUGAAUGGUCAAGCUAUGGCUCUGAAUCUUCAACUGGAGGUCUGGAACCGUCCCAUCAUGUUCAUGUGCACCCAGGAUGGUCAGGCUAUGGUUCUUCUGGCCAACAAACAUCUAAUCCAACUGCUCAUGUGCACCCUGAAUGGUCAAGCCAUGACUCCUCCAGCUCUGAAUCUUCAACUGGAGGUCUGAAGCAACCAUCCCAUGUUCAUGUGCACCCAGGAUGGUCAGGCUAUAGUUCUUCUGGCCAACAAACAUCUGACCCAACUGCUCAUGUGCACCCUGAAUGGUCAAGCUAUGGCUCUGAAUCUUCAACUGGAGGUCUGAAACAACCAUCCAAUCAACAUGCUCAUGUGCACCCUGUAUUGCCAAGCUACGGUUCCUCUUCAAGCUCCAAAUCAUCUGGCCAACAACCAUCCAAUCCAGCUGCUCAUGUGCACCCUGAAUGGUCAAGCUAUGGCUCUGAAUCUUCAACUGGAGGUCUGAAACAACCAUCCAAUCAACAUGCUCAUGUGCACCCUGUAUUGCCAAGCUAUGGUUCCUCUUCAAGCUCCAAAUCAUCUGGCCAACAACCAUCCAAUCAACAUGCUCAUGUGCACCCUGUAUUGUCAAGCUAUGGUUCCUCAAGCUCCAAAUCAUCUGGCCAACAACCAUCCAAUCAACAUGCUCAUGUGCACCCUGUAUUGUCAAGCUACGGUUCCUCUUCAAGCUCCAAAUCAUCUGGCCAACAAACAUCCAAUCCAGCUGCUCAUGUGCACCCUGAAUGGUCAAGCUAUGGCUCUGAAUCUUCAACUGGAGGGCUGAAACAACCAUCCAAUCAACAUGCUCAUGUGCACCCUGUAUUGUCAAGCUAUGGUUCCUCUUCAAGCUCCAAAACAUCUGGCCAACAACCAUCCAAUCAACAUGCUCAUGUGCACCCUGUAUUGUCAAGCUAUGGUUCCUCAAGCUCCAAAUCAUCCGGCCAACAACCAUCCAAUCAACAUGCUCAUGUUCACCCUGAAUUGUCAAGCUAUGGUUCCUCAAGCUCCAAAUCAUCUGGCCAACAACCAUCCAAUCAACAUGCUCAUGUGCACCCUGAAUGGUCAAGCUAUGGUUCUGAAUCUUCAACUGGAGGUCUGAAACAACCAACCAAUCAACAUGCUCAUGUUCACCCUGUAUUGUCAAGCUAUGGUUCCUCUUCAAGCUCCAAAUCAUCUGGCCAACAACCAUCCAAUCAACAUGCUCAUGUACACCCUGAAUUGUCAAGCUAUGGUUCCUCAAGCUCCAAAUCAUCUGGCCAACAAACAUCCAAUCAACAUGCUCAUGUACACCCUGAAUUGUCAAGCUAUGGUUCCUCAAGCUCCAAAUCAUCUGGCCAACAAACAUCCAAUCCAGCUGCUCAUGUGCACCCUGGAUGGUCAAGCUAUGGCUCUGAAUCUUCAACUGGAGGGCUGAAACAACCAUCCCAUGUUCAUGUGCACCCAGGAUGGUCAGGCUAUGACUCUAGCUCUAAAUCUUCCACUGGUGGUCAACAGCCCUCCCAUCAACAUGCUCAUGUGCACCCUGAAUGGUCAAGCUAUGGCGCUGAAUCUUCAACUGGAGGUCUGAAACAACCAUCCAAUCAACAUGCUCAUGUGCACCCUGAAUUGUCAAGCUAUGGUUCCUCUUCAAGCUCCAAAUCAUCUGGCCAACAAACAUCCAAUCCAGCUGCUCAUGUGCACCCUGAAUGGUCAAGCUAUGGCUCUGAAUCUUCAACUGGAGGUCUGAAACAACCAACCAAUGUUCAUGUGCACCCAGGAUGGUCAGGCUAUGACUCCUCUAGCUCUAAAUCGUCCACUGGUGGUCAACAACCCUCCCAUCAACAUGCUCAUGUGCACCCAGGAUGGCCAGGCUACGACUCUUCCUCUUCUGGUCAACACACUUCUAAACCAGCUGUUCAUGUACACCCCGGAUGGUCAGGCUAUGGUUUCUCUAGCUCUAAAUCUUCCACUGGUGGUCAACAACCAUCUCAUCAUGCUCAUGUGCACCCUGAAUGGUCAAGCUAUGGUUCCUCUUCUAGCCAACAAACAUCCAAUCCAGCUGCUCACAUGCACCCUCAAUGGUCAAGCCAUGACUCCAGCUCCAAAUCUUCAACUGGUGGUCAGCAACCAUCCCAUCAUGCUCAUGUGCACCCAGGAUGGUCCGGCUAUGACUCCUCUUCUAGCCAAACAUCUAAUCCAGCUGCUCAUGUGUACCCAGGAUGGUCUGCCUAUGACUCCUCUUCUAGCCAAACAUCUAAUCCAGCUGCUCAUGUGCACCCAGGAUGGUCAAGCUAUGGACACUCCAGCUCACUGUACCCUGUAGUGGACCCUAGUGAGAAUUCUUAUAGCUCUUCAGGAUCCUAUCACUCUGGUAGUGUUCCCAACAAGAACCUUCAUGGUUGGAACAGACCUGAGUGGGCUCCAAUGUAUCCAGCAGGAAGCAAUGUGUUUGCCUUCAACCCGAGUGCUCCCAGCACUCCCUGGUUGUCUGGCCAGUCUAGCUCUGCUCCUGAAUACUCACCAACUUCCAUCGUCCAAUCCAGAUACGGCUACCAACGUGCGCGAGAUGAAUUUGCCAGAAUGCAAUAUUCCCAAGCUGAUGUUCCGUCAGGCUUCUCCAGAACUGCGAGCUCCCAAAGAAGCGCCCUGAAGAACUGAGGAACGUGUGGUUUGGGUCUAUGCGGACUAAGAUUCAAUAAAAAAACUUUAACUUGA